UUCCACACGCCAUUCCCCACCACUAGUAAGUUUUUCCACAAACCGAUCUCGGUGUUGGUACGUAAUAUGAAAAACUCUCCGGAUGUGGACAACAAUAGAGCUUCCGUUCUUCAGAAUGGCACUGACUUGGUAAAAUGCAAACGUUGAUUAGCCAGCGCACCAACGAUGAAAGCCAACAUGUACAAGCGCACGACUGACUUUUUUCCCCGCAUCCCAACUCGAUCGUAGCGCAAUACAGUCUCGUUGAUUUGACGAGAUCACUUCCCAAAAGAGACAAACACACCGAUGUGUGCAAUUUUCCCUCCCACUCACGCUCGACAACCAUCGCAUCGCAUCGUAUCGGGUGGGCUGCGAUGGGAGGGAAAUCGCGACCAGAACGAUCUCACGGGUAAAUAUUGACCAAUACACGCAGGGGACAGGGGACAUUGUUACACAUGCAAACAGAAGUGAAAACCACGCAUAUAGGAAACGUGGAAGAACGUUCAACGACUAACAAAAAAAGCUACACUCAAUUCUAUGGCAUGAAAAAUUUGCUCUUUCACCUCGCCAAAUAAUUAAAUAUGGAAAAACGCAUUAUAGGCAGAAUAUUGUCAAUUUAGUAAUCCAGUAUUUCACGAGAACUCCGACUGGACAGACACGAGCAUGUUCGGUUUGAAAUUCUUGGUCCCUCUCGGUAGUUUUGGGCCAAUGUGGUGAAACUAAGUGGAUUACGGGGAAAGCAGAGCAACGCAGUGAGACAACACAAGUUUUGCAAUAACUAGGAAGCCAAAAGCGAUCGGAAUAACAGUGCCUCGAGUUUGCGCCAUACAGGAGUUACACAAUCGGUGGAGUUCCUAGUGUCUGAGAAUAACGGUUGUGAAAAAUGGAUAUGAAUUGUUGUAACAAGUGACCAAUACAGAAAACUUCUCGAAGAUUUUCACAGCGUUGUGAUAUUUGGGGCGCUUCCGGUGAAAUAAAUUUGGGGUUUAAUAUCGUGUGUUGGAGUGAUCUCUACAAUAGAGAUCUGUUGCAGUUCAAAUUGUGAUAAAGUUUAAAGUGUAAGGCAAGGAUCCGUUACUACAAAUCUUCAAGAAUUGAAAAGUUGCUCACGCAGAGAUUCCAUGAGAUGCUGAGAUGGUCGAAAACCGUGAUGAACUAUUUGAACUUUGGCUAACAAACGAUCAAAAGCGAUAAAAACCGCCCAUCAAUAGAUGGGAGCAUGAGGUUAUUAUCAAGUCCAGAGCCAAGAAUACGUAAAAGAGGGUCAAGAUAAGAAAAGAAAUCAUAAUGCGUAAGAGACAAAAGCUACUUCCGGGGGUGUCCGACAUCGCCGUUAUAGUACUGUUAGCUAGAUUAGUGUUAGUAUUAGGUCAAACCACCUGCAACAAUGGUCAGGGUCGGGUACUAUAUGAAAGACUGCCAAAUCAACAGUUGCAAGGCUUCGACGACGACGUGGUCCGAGAUUCAGCCCCACCGUUCCGAGUUCUAGAGAAGUGUCAGGACUUGUGUCUGCGGGACCGCACGGCGUCCAACAACUUAGGGCGCGCUUGUACGAGCUUCGACUUCCAGCCCGGAAGCAGGAUAGCCUCGUUUAGUGGCAGCGCCGAAUAUGAAGAAUCUACUUGCUACCUUACGCGGGAGCAAGCCGCCCCAGAGGGUAUAGGAAAUCUCAUGCUCGUGCCGAACAGCGUUCACUUUACCGAAGUGUGUCUGUCUUCUAGUCGACCGGACCGUGAAUGUCCAAGCCGGCGAUAUGUGUUCGAAAGACACCCAAGGAAGAAACUAAAACUGCCAGUAUCCGACAUCAAGGAAGUGACUGCCGCCAAUCGCUCGGAUUGCGAAGACAAGUGCCUCAACGAGUUUUCCUUCGUUUGCCGAUCGGCCAAUUACGACUCCACUCUGAGGAGCUGUUCCAUGAGUCGGUUCACCCGGCGUACCCAUCCGGAACUGCUGGAAGAUGAUCCGAACUCGGAUUAUUUGGAAAACACCUGUUUGAAUGCGGAACGGCGCUGUGAUGGAUUGGUGGUAUACGUGAAGGAAGAGAACAAGCGUCUGGGUGGUCCCUUCGAAGUAGAGAUCUUCAACAACAUGACUCUGGAAGAGUGCCAAUCACUUUGUCUGAGGGCUGAAAAGUAUUUCUGCCGCUCGAUCGAAUUCGACGAUCAAACGAAGCAGUGCAUCCUCUCGGAGGAGGAUUCUGUAUCGCAGAAAGAUGAUCUCAGUAUCAGCUCUAGUCCCACUCAUCAUUUCUACGACUUGGUGUGCCUGGAUAAUCAACGCGGAUCCGAUUAUCCGGAAAAUUCCGUUACAUCACACUUGUUCGCUAGCGGCAGACGUCCAGAUACCGCCUUUCAGAGGUAUCGUAACUCUAGACUAGGUGGAGAGUUUCAUUCAGAAAUUACGGGAAGGUCGUUGAGUGAGUGUCUGGACGAGUGUCUCCGGCAGACUAGCUUCCAGUGCCGUUCAGCGGUCUAUAGCGACCGCUUUCGAACCUGCCGUCUCAGUCGAUACAACCAACGGGAUGGAAUGCGCAUCAUCUACGAUGCAGACUAUGAUUACUAUGAAAAUCUAAUGCCACAUUUAGUGGGCGGAGAUUCCGAUUCGUCCAAUGGCAGACCGGACCCGACUGACUGGAGGCCACCUUAUGGAGACCGUGAUCGUGAUCGAAUACCAGACGAUAGAGUUCCUGGUCGGUUUCCACCAGGAGAACGCUAUCCUCCUGGAAUGAGGCCAGAUUAUGGUGGUGGUUAUCCAUCAACUGACAGAUAUCCUGGACCAACGGAUCGUUAUCCAAUGGGCCCGGGAACAGAUCGUUAUCCACCGGAUUACGAUGGAAGAUAUCCACCGGUAUACGACAAUCGGUUUCCAGGGGAUCGCUACGGACCAACAGAUCGGUAUCCGGAUCGUGAACCCGACCUCUACCCUGGUAUCCCUCCCAUGCGUUAUCCUCCACCGGACUCAAGAUAUCCCACAGACCCAAGAUUCCCUCCAACACCCGAUACUCGCUACCCAACCGAUUCACGAUAUCCUCCCGACUCCAGAUACCCAGUUGACAAUAGGUAUCCCAAGGAUCCACGUUACCCGCCCGAUUCUCGAUAUCCCACAGACUCUCGAUAUCCACCACCAACUCCCGACUCAAGGUAUCCACCAAUGCGACCAGAAAACCGAUACCCCCUGGCACCGACAGGAACCCACUACCCUCCUCCGUACAUGCCACAAAUGUAUCCCAACUAUCAGGCAGGUUAUCCACCACCUCCCAGAACACCUCCGGAUCGUGGAUACACCACUGACCGUUACCCACCUCCUUUGCGACCAAUCGAUAAUAACCGUUACCCAGCACCCGAUUCGCGAUACCCCAUGGAACCGAUCCCGGCACAGGGUCGCUACCCGACAUCACAACAUCAGAUACCACUGCUUCCGCACAAAUACAACAAUGCUUACGAUCCAUACGAACGUGGAUACGGCGAUAACCGUGGCUACGGGCCGUACUAUCCACCCACGGGAGUGGGGCGAAUCCCACCGCCGAUGCCACUUCCGGCCUUCCCAGAUCGGGACCGCGGUUAUCGCCGACCGGGUAUGCCCGACGGAGGCGGUUAUCCGUUUGAAAUUCCCUAUGGACCAUCCAGUUCCGGAUACGACAAUACCCUGGGCGGAGGUGACGGCUUCGGCGGUUUCGGGCCUCAGCGGCCGUACGAAACGCGGUGCGAUGGCUACGACAGCUUCAAGCAGAUGGCGUCCAAGCGCAAGAUGCGCAAGCAGUUCAUACGGCGGGUUAUCAAUGCACCGUCGUUGGGAGUUUGUCAACAAGAGUGCGUCGCGGCGAGGGACUUCAUGUGCCGCAGUUUCAACUACAGAGAAUCGGCGCCCUAUGAGACGGAAGGCAACUGCGAGUUGAGCGACAGAGAUUCACGGGAUCUAGACAUAUCCAGCAGCCAAAUGUUCGAAUCUGACAACUCGGAUUACUACGAGAGAUCGUCGGGGCGGGGUCAAGGAGAUGAAUGUUUGGAUGUUGGGCAAUUGUGCAACGAAGACGGCAUGGAAUUUACCUUGAAAACGCCAGAAGGAUUUGUUGGAAGGAUUUAUGCAUACGGAUUCUAUGACCGUUGUUUCUUCCGAGGUAAUGGAGGGACGGUAAAUGUUCUUCGAAUCAGCGGACCCGGAGGAUACCCAGAGUGUGGUACGCAAAGGUACGGAGACACGAUGACCAAUAUCAUCGUUGUGCAAUUCUCUGAUAAUGUCCAGACUGGUAGAGACAAGCGAUUCAACCUAACUUGUAUGUUCCGAGGACCAGGAGAAGCCGUUGUUACCUCUGGUUAUAUAGGAGCAGGUUUCAAUGAAAUUGACAGGUCAGGCAGUCCGAUUCCGAUCGAAUAUCUACCGGCUGAAAACUCGAUGAGCAACAAAGUGCGGCUUAUGAUUCUGUAUCAGGGACGCCCUACGACUACGAUUGCCGUUGGUGAUCCGUUGACAUUCCGAUUGGAGUCGCAGGAUGGUUACAGCCAUGCAACGGACAUCUUUGCAACGAACGUGGUGGCGCGAGAUCCUUACUCUGGAAGAAGUGUGCAACUGAUCGAUAACUAUGGCUGUCCAGUGGAUAAUUUGGUAUUCCCAGAGUUGGGACGUUCCAGAGAUAACGAUGCUUUGGAAGCGCGAUUCAAUGCAUUCAAGAUUCCAGAGUCCAACUUUCUGGUAUUCGAAGCAACGGUCCGAACUUGCCGAGGAGGUUGUCAACCGGCUUACUGUCCAGGACCCAGUGGACGAUCGGAACCAUCUUUCGGACGGCGAAGGAGAUCCGUACCAGAGAAUGGAACAGAUUUUGAUGGAACAGCUGAGCCGCUAACUGGCAGAGAUAUGGAUGACGACGAAGAUGAGGUUUCGGUAGUCAAUGGAACAGUUAUGCAUGAUUUGAAGGUGAACAAGAAUGCAACGAAGGAUGGCGAAGAAUCUACUGCCGAUGAUCUUGAAACAAACGCCAGCGAGAUGCCCGAACAAGUGCGCGAAAUGAUUGAGUCUCGUGCUUUUCAUACUCUACAGGUCUUCCAAUCGCGUGAAGAGAUGCAGCAGGACACGGUUGCCAGGAAGAUGGUGGCUCCACAAGAGGCCGUAUGUUUGACGCAUUCGGAAUAUUACGGAUUACUGAGUGCGUUGAUUCUUCUUAUGAUCCUUCUCGUCAGCAUCACGUUCGCCUCUGGGCUAGCUUAUCGGAGAUAUUGGAAGGUGUUUAUGAAAAACCGUGCCCUGGAUCGAACAUCUCCGGUGAACUCGUUUACUCCUUCGGCGUUGCAUAACGUGUCUGGUAGUCAAUUUCAUGCAUCAGGCAGAGGAACAUCGUCUUCUCGUGGAGAUGGAAACAUACGAUCACCAGGACUGUCGCUUUUCGGAAACGGACUCCAGAAAACAUUUGCCACAGGGAACCUAUCCCGAAUGUGUCAAAUCCCUGUGAUGAAUCCAAUCUCCAGAAACAACGGUAACAAAAGUGAAUUUGAUGACCCCAGCGAACCAAUCUACACCGACCCUUCCCUAUUUGAACGAUCAAGAAUAUAAACGCCUUUGAACCCCUUUUUCAGAUCGCUGCGUAGCAUCGCCGUAGACCAAACCGAUGCCAAUAACGUUUGAAUCCCAAGAAAACUGCGCCCUAGAUUUAAUUAGAAUACACUCGUAAUCAUUUUGUUGGCUUUUGCUCUGAGAUAACUGAGCAAAAACGUCGCCGAUGAUGGUUUUAGAAUAAGUUCAAAAAAUGAAAGCUAACAUUUAGAAUCAACAUGGAUAACUACACACAUAAACUUAAGGAAGUACUGUAAAGGAGCAUAUAUCCUACGAUAUGACAGAUGAAAGCUCAUACAUUUAAGUUCUGUGAUGGCUAUAGAGAUAGCAGCGGACCGCUAAUGGCCGCAUUAUGAUUCUUUAUUCUAAGAAAAUCGAAAAUGUGAAUACACUUUUUCCUUGCCCUUGGAGAAAUAUUGUUUACAGCAGAACAGUUGUCUACCAAAGAUUGAUAACAUACUGGAGCGUGGCUGAUGCCGAUGAGGUCUGUAUAGUCGUCGAAUCUCUUCUUAAUUUAUUCGUAUAGGCAUAAGUAGCAUAAGGAAUGAUCCAUUUGAAUGAACAAACAAUCCGGAAAAGAGACACCUUAACGUACGAAAUAUUACCUUAUGGAUGCAAAAAUGUUGUAAGCAAUGAAAAUCACUCAUACACUUUUCUUCGGAAUACGUUUCGCGAUCAAUGUUCAUAUUUGCAAAACAAUUGCCGAACACUGAUCGGAUUGUAAACAUUAGCUCACAAUAGUCACAUUUCAUUUUAAUGUUUAUUUUAAAUAGUUUACAUUUAUUAUAAUAAAUAUAUAAAUCUGCAUGUAAAAUAAAUGCCUUUAACUCU